AUGGACGGACAAGGUCCAGAUUUCCACUGGCCUACUUACUGGCCAUCCGCGACAAAACUCAGAGGACUUCAUCCCCAGUUCACGAAGUCUGUGUGUGACCACAUGAUAGACGAAAUCCUGGCUGUCCUUCCGAUCGUAGAGGAGAGCAAGAUAUCUAACAUCCGUGCGAUGCGUAUACCUGCUCUUGUGGCCUUCAUGGUUCCCCAUUCCACCAGCUAUGAGCGACUGACCAUACUUUGCAAAUGGUUCACUUGCCUACAGCUCUUUGAUAACCUAUUCGAUGAUCCUUGGUUCAGUGAUGAAAAGUUACCACGUUUGGAGAAGGGACUUGACAGCCUACCAAAUGAUCUUAGACACCUGGCCACCCAGGGUCAGCUUACCGAUGGAACAGCCUACCCAGAAUAUGUGCACUAUGUCCGAGGGGUGUUAGCUGAAAUGUUCCGUCUCAGCCCGAGGAAAGACCAGUUGCUCCGUGCGGCCGACUACUUAGAAAGGGCAAUCGCGGCAGCACAUUCGAGAGAUGGCUCGAGCAAGAUGUCGGAUGAUCUGGAGCAGUGGAAGCAAUGUCGGGUCGAUCGCACUGGCAUGUUCCUGCUGUUUCACUGGAUGGAGUUCGCACUGGAUCUCCACAUCCCGGACGAGGUUUGGGAGGAUCCUACCAUGCAGGUGCUCAUGGAUGAGGCUUGUCUUCAGAUUGGCGUUGUCAACGACCUAUACUCCAUAUCUAAGGAGAUAUUCUCGAACGACUGCCGAGUAGAUUCACGGAGUGUCAACUGUGUGGCGUGGCUUAUGCGUGGAACGGGUGAAAGCUUGCAGGAGGCUGUCGAUCGAUGCUGGGACUACGCUCAUCACCUAGAAGACUCUGUCGUUCACGCUGCAAUCGUCGUCAAGAGCCGGUUCAGGCAGAACAAAGCCAUCUCCCAGGUCGUUGACGCGAUUGUAUACUCCCUCCAAGGGCCUUGGGCAUACCAAAUGUCAACCGCGCAGCACUGUCUCAAGUUUCUGCGUGUCUCUCAGCCUGUGCCAACACCUGAAGGACUCAAACCGGCAACCUUAGACGGCAGUAAGCUGCCUUUCGUAGUACUUGGAGGCGACCGACUUUUGUCAGACUGGUUGAUUGCAUCGGCCGCGAUCUGA